GGCCAGUUCGAUUACAAUACAUUCUCGUUAUUGGGUAGCCUCGUUUUCAAUAACACGCCAGACGGAAGAAUCUCAUGUGAAUUUCUUUUAGUUCACGCCUAUUAUUAUUUGUUAUUUGAAGCAUGUAAGGUACUCUGCAAAAUUUGGAGACAACAAGGACCAACAUAUUCUCUAUCGAAAUAGCUUUGUAACUAAGCAUUUAUCAAGGCAGUGGGUCAAUAAAGCCUAUGCUUCUUCCCAAAAGAUUCCUGGAAGUUGUGAAGAAGCAGAAUAGUGAACAAGAUGUCAUUUCCUCCACGAGGACCACCUCUAGUACCUGGCAUGAUGCAUGCAGGAUAUUAUGCGCCUGUUGGUAUGAUGCCCAUGCCAAUGCAGAUGAUGCCACAGACAACAGUUAUGAGGACUGUUGUACCCACGGCCUCAACAAAUGAAGUUGCAGCAAGACCAAAGAAGCAGCUUGUUCCACAAAAAAUUGAUAAAGAAGACAAGAAAGAAGAAAAGCCUCCAGUGACUACAGUAUUUGUUGGAAAUAUCAGUGACAGGGCUCCUGAUUCAAUGGUUCGCACCAUGCUACAGAGAUGUGGAAAUGCUCUGAGUUGGAAACGUGUACAGGGAGCAUCUGGGAAAUUGCAAGCCUUUGGAUUCUGUGAAUUUGAGGAUCCUGAAGCUACUCUACGUUGUAUGAGGCUACUAAAUGAGUGGGAAAUAGCGGACAAACGACUGGUUGUCAAAGUUGACGCUAAAACAAAAACAAUGCUUGACGAAUGGAGAAGUAAGAAAAAGAAGGCGUCAGACUCAACAAAUGGAGUUAAAGAAGAGAAAGAAACUAAUGGUGAAUCAGAAGAGAAAAAAGAUGAAAACAGUGAGAAUGGUGCUGAAGACUUGGAUGAGUUUACAUUGCGAGAAGACAGGGUAGCUAAAGCUGGCCUUGAUGCUAUUAUGAGGGAAUACGCCUUUGAGCUGGCAAAGGAGCCUGCUAAUUCAAAACAGUCAUCAGCGGAACCAGUAAGUGACAUUCCAAAGGUUCCAAUGCCACCAAUAAAACAGAAAGAUGCCUCUCAGCUCAGAGAUACUGGUCUUGAUGAUUUAAAUAUGGAGGAGGACACAAAAGAUCUGAUAAACCGUGAGAUACGAUCUUUUAGGAAUCUUCAUAAGGACAAUGAGGAGGCAGAGGCGGAGAAAGAGAGGGAGAGGGAAAUAGAGCGUUCACGUGAGAAAGAACGGAGACUGGCCGAACAGAAGCGUCGUAUAGAGAGGGAACGGGAGGCAGAACGACAGAGAAUGAAGGAGUUGGAACGAUACGAGGAAUCCAUGAGAAAGAAGCGAGAGAGCAGGAGUAGAUCCCGGUCUCGAUCGCGGUCUAGGUCAAGGUCUCGAGUUUCAAGGGAACGAGAGAGCAGGGACCAUCGGGCACGUGAUCGUGAGCUGGAGGAGGAGGAAGAGGCCUUUGAGAGGAGGAAACUGGAGAAGAAGAUACGUGAGAAGGAGUUGGCCUAUCAGGAGAGGCUGAAAAACUGGGAAGCGCGGGAGAGGAAGAGGUCUCGAGAGUACGAGAAGGAAAGGGAUAGGGAAGAUGAACGCAAAUCUGAGGAGGCAAAGGAAGCGAGAAGGUUACGAGAAUUUCUUGAAGACUAUGAUGAUGAAAGAGAUGACCCCAAGUUUUACAAGGGCAGUGCCCUGGAGCGGCGUCUCCGUGAGCGACAGAAGGAGAAGGAGGUGGAUGGGCGAGACCGCAGCAAGGAAAAGGACGAGCUGGAGGAGAUACGACGCAAGCUGCAGGAGGAGGGCCACCCUGACCCAGAUGCAGAGAUGGAAAAGCUCGAAAGGGAGAGGGAGGAACAUUUAAGGCCUAUGCUGCAAAUCAUAGACAACAUAGGCCCUGUGGCAAGGUCCCCAUCUAGCAGUUCUAGCGACGAGUACCAAGCCCCCAGCCCUCCCAAGAAGGAAGAAUCAGACGAGGAACCUCCUCCCGCCAAGUACUCGAGUCUGCCGAACAUGAAACCCACACUUCAGCCUGUUGAUGAGUCAUCCCAGUCGUCUGCGCCAGCCUCUGUGGAUGACGACUCCUCCAGGAUGAGCCUGGGUGCCCUGGAGGACAGUCAGCUAGGACCCUCAAGGGAAGACUCUAGGCUAGGAUUUGGAUCUAUAAAACUUGGAGUGAAUUCUGGUGAUAGUUCGCCACAGAAUGUGGUCUCGGGCGGCAAGAGGAAGAAGCUAACCGUGGGUGACGUGUUCAACCAGGACGAUGACGACUCCCAAGACGGUUCUAAGAAACGCAAACUAGUGCCCCUUGACUAUGGAGAUAGUGGGGAUGACAGUAUGACUGGAUUUGAUGCUUCUGGGAAGAAAAACACAAGUGCUGAGGAGAAGAGGGCGAAAAUAAAGACACUAAUUGAAAACAUUCCAACUGCUAAAGAUGAACUGUUUGCAUUUGAACUCGACUGGAGUAUAGUUGACAAGAGUCUGAUGGACAAGCGAAUCAAGCCGUGGGUGAACAAGAAGAUCAUAGAAUACAUUGGUGAGGAGGAGCCCACUCUGACCAACUUCAUCUGCCAGAAAGUUAUGGCUCAGAGCCCCCCGCAGAACAUUCUCAACGAUGUUGCCAUGGUGCUGGACGAAGAGGCUGAGGUGUUUGUGGUGAAGAUGUGGAGACUGCUUGUGUACGAGACGGAGGCAAAAAAAGCAGGCCUCGUCAAGUGAACUGGUCUCUUUUGAGAAAGCAGAUGAAAUAAAUUGGUUUCCAUUAUGGACAUAAUUGCAUUACCAAUGAUAUAGACAAGCAUUGAGUGUAGACCAUUUUAUCAAGUUAUAUGCCUGACAUACUUGGGAGAAAGAUGGGAGCUUACGCAUCUCUCUGUAGCAUCUAGAUGAUGGUCAAGCCUUCAAUGCUCUCAAGUCUGUAAAUGUGUAGCGCUUGAAACUUAACGGACAAUGGUGUAUUCAGAUGUCUGUACAGAUUCAUAUGUUCAUCCAAGAGACGUCCUCUUAUGCUCACUGUGUGAUGCCAAACUGAGAGCUUUAAAUGAAAUUUCAUAGCUUUUCGUUUAAUCCAAGUUCAUACUAAAAAAUGCCUCAUUUUCAGGAUAUGUCAAUAAAUGUGCUAAAAGCUUCUGCUUCUAUUAAAGAAGCUUUGUUAAUAUAUUUACUGACUGUUCAGGUAUUGUUAAUAAUUUGAUUUACUAAGUUUUAUUGUUUUCCUUUUACAGUUUGUCUAGCUUAUCAGGUUAUGUGCCAAUAUCUAAAUUUCAAAUCGCAACAAAUAUAACAACUGUUGAUGUUUUAAAGGUUCAUAUUGUUGUGAUUGUACAAAUGCUUAAUGAAGAUCACACUUGCCAUUUAUGGUAAACUGUAAACUGAAAUCUUACUGAAACUUCCUGACAAAUUGGCAGCUUGAUUUAAUUAGCGGUAUGUCUUGUAUAGUAUGUAUAUUUUGAAGUUCAGAAAAAAUAAUCUCGCUGUGUGUUUUUUUUUGCUAAAAUAUUAUGGUAAAUUUUUCUUUUAAUUACAACUUGUUUUAAUUUUCUUAAUUGUCAUGUUUUGCAUACAUGCACACCAAUUCACGAAAACAGAACAUGUUUAAGAUGUGUGUGUUAAUUGUUAUGGUUAGCGAAAUGAAACAGUGUUACUUGCAGCAUCAAGACUUUUGUAAAUAAUGUGCAGAAGUGCAAAUCAACUCAAAUAUGUAAUGCCAUUUGAAUUGAUCAGAAACUAGUUGUUAUUUGUAAUUGAAAACAUAAUAAAUGCAUGUGCUGUAUAACACCUCCCCCCCCCCCCCACCCACCCCUUAAUAAUGCAGUUGAGAAAUUACUAACCUAGCUUGUUCUCCGCCCAGUUUAGAUAUAGAAAGGGUGGUUGAAACAAAACUUUUGGUUUUACUUCCUGGAAUUAUUUGGGGAUCGUGUGUACAUAAUUCUCUUUUCAGUCUCUUUGUUAUAAUUAUGGUUAAAAUGUCAUGCCAUGAUUAAAUGAAUAAAAAAGUCCAAUUAUA